UAAAAAUUCAUUACAUACAAAUUCUGUCUGCCAGUUCUCGAUCUCAACAAUAUUUAAGACAGGAUUAGUGACAAUAUGUCUAUCUCAUCACGAUCUUGUACCAUACGUCAUAUUCGAUUCGGAACUAACGUCACAGAUCCAUCCAAAAAGAAUCAUCAAGUUAUGCGCAGUCCCGUGAACAAACAAUAUUACCAUCAAAUGGUAGAGUCAGAGAAUGAGUUGUGGGUCCAGGCAUAUAUCGAAGCACAAAUUGAAGUAGAUGUAUCGAACGAAAAGCAGUCCUAUUGGAAAACAAUGUUGCGAUAUCUCUGUGAAAAGGCGAUGCACCUGAAACCAAGCUUUGUCACGAAAGGAACAUUGAAGAAAAGAUGGGCGCGGAAGGUUUACAACAAAAGCAGCCCGAUAAGCAACUCAGACUCGGAAUUUCGAGAUAUAUUUCUAGAUACACCCUUGAAUACCAUCGGCAUUCCUGGUGGGUUAGUUUCCGUCUUUACCGUAUUAGCAAGGGGAAAAAUGGUUUGAUUGUUAAAGGAAGAGAAGUUAGCUUGUUGGUUGAAGAAAUCAAGGAUUGCCACAACAAC